AUGGCUUCUUCAUUAUCGUCAUCAGUUUAUUCGCUACAGUCCUCUUUGCAGCUCCUCGACAACUCUAUCUCUACCCUAGAUGAGGGCGUCAAUGACUUCCCCCGCCUCUGCAAGGUCCUCCAGACAACACGGCACUUUGAACUACUGCCAGAGCCAACACUACGCGAAGCGCAGAAAUCCCUUCUAGAUGAGAUCACCCCUAGCAUCGCCCACCUACUAUCUCUCGCUUCGAACCAUGUCGAAAAGCUCGCACGUCGUGAGCAGGGCCUGAAAGCCAAAUGUGACCUUCAAGAAGGUCGGCUCUCGUCCAAUCCAGAGGGUAGGGCCCCAGUGAGUCGCGGUCUACCCCAUAGCAGUAGUGCAGCUCGGGUUCCUUCAAGCAAUGCCGCAGCAAAGUCUGCAGAGUUGCGGAGAUUGGUACAAAAGAAGGAGCGGCUGAAGUAUGUUGUGGAACGGCUAGAAUUGCAAAAUACCCAGAGGCAGCGGCAGCUUAGGAAGAGUAUGGCUACGCAGUGA